AUGGCCCACUGGAAAAACUUUGAGCUCAAGUACCUCCCCUAUUUUUCAUUAAGUGCUGAACUUACGAAGGACGCUAAAGGGAAACUGAAUCGUCUGUCUCUGUAUCUGAAAAAGCUUAAUGCUGAUGAUGAGGUUAAACUUAAAGCCGCUGAAACCGUGCUUCAUGACUUGAAUGUAAUUAUGGAAAGGUUCGAUGCAGUGUCAAAGAAUUUGGAAAGGGAAAGCAAGCAAAUAUGGUUUGAAAUGUGUCCUAAAUGCAAGGUCAAUGCAAACAAACCUGGGCUGUCAGAGUAUGGAAAUUCAGAAUGCAAAACAGACAAACGUACGGAUGCAUAUGGUUGGUUUGAAAUUGGAAAAGGCAGAGCUCCAUACGGAAAUGAGGCAACAGCAUCGGAACAACAAGUCAGUUUCAAAGGAGAUUUGGAAAAAGGUGUGGAUGAAGUGACAGAAGAAUUAGAACAAAGCUUCAAAAAGCUUCCUGAAGAAACUCAAGAAUUGGAAAAUCAAAUCGAGGAGAGAGACAGAGAAAUUAGGCAGCUGAAAACAAAAAUUGAAACCUUCAAAAAAGAACUAGAAACUCUCCAAACAGAACGAAAACGCCAUCAGACAGAAAAUGAAAAAAUGAAAAUAAAACUGGAAGAAAAGGAUGGAAAAAUCUACUCCCUCGAAGAAAAGUUAGCAAUGAAAGAGCAGGCGUUACAAAAAUCGCAAGAAAUGCAAGAGAAAGGAGGAAUCGCAAAGGAAACAAAUGAUUACAUUUCUACGUCAGUGAUUCAACAAACAUCUUCGAUAUUCAAUCACGAGAAUUUCCAAGAGACUGUUAAGAAAUUAGACAAUAUGCAACAAUCAUUGCUUGCAAAUCAGGAACAUCAACUGACACAGGAGCUGGAAAGAAUGAAAGAUGCUAAUCAGGCACUACAAGACGAAAAGAGGGAGCUAACAAAGACUAAUAGUGAUCUUGAUCAAUGCCUUCCCCUUGAAGAGGUGAAAGCACAAACUCGAGUAACCGCAUCCAAACUGUCACGUGUCAAUCCAGUAACUGGUCGAACAUCAGAAAAAAAUAAUACGACUGACAGCGCAAAAGACGCCGAAAUCACCUCCCUGAAAGCAGAGAAAGGACCAAUAUCAAUGGAAGUAGAAGCACUUCAUGAAAAGUGGAUGAAACUUGAACAACAGGUUACAUGUUUACAAAAAACAAUCGACGCAUUGUCAUCGACAAAUGCGGUCUUACAGAGUCAAAUUUGUUCAAAGGAUGAAGAAGUGCGCGGUUUGAAAGCAGAAAAUGACAGACUGAAUGAAAAGAUUUGUACACUCAAGGGAGAUCGCAAAAUGUUACACAAGGAACUGAAAGACGCAGAAAGUCAACUAGAUGAGCUGGAACUCAAAAAUAGAGAUUUCCUAAAAGAUAUUGAAGAAAAGAAACUGAAUCUGAGGAAGCAGGAGAAAAAAAUCGAACACUUGACCAGUAAUAUUCAGGCACUUGAGAACGAAAAGAAACAACUCGAAUCAAAACUGGGCGAAUUUGAGGUUGAAAAAGAACGUUUGACAGACAAUAUUCAAACACUUGAGAACGAAAAGAAACGACUCGAAUCAAAACUGGACGAAUUUGAGGUUGAAAAAGAACGUUUGACAGACAAUAUUCAAACACUUGAGAACGAAAAGAAACGACUCGAAUCAAAACUGGACGAAUUUGAGGUUGAAAAAGAACGUUUGACAGACAAUAUUCAAACACUUGAGAACGAAAAGAAACGACUCGAAUCAAAACUGGACGAAUUUGAGGUUGAAAAAGAACGUUUGACAGACAAUAUUCAAACACUUGAGAACGAAAAGAAACGACUCGAAUCAAAACUGGGCGAAUUUGAGGUUGAAAAAGAACGUUUGACAGACAAUAUUCAAACACUUGAGAACGAAAAGAAACGACUCGAAUCAAAACUGGACGAAUUUGAGGUUGAAAAAGAACGUUUGACAGACAAUAUUCAAACACUUGAGAACGAAAAGAAACGACUCGAAUCAAAACUGGACGAAUUUGAGGUUGAAAAAGAACGUUUGACAGACAAUAUUCAAACACUUGAGAACGAAAAGAAACGACUCGAAUCAAAUCUGAGGAAGCAAGAAGAGACUGAAGAUCGUUUGACAAGAAACGCCAACACACUUCAAGGAGAAAAUAAACAACUGUCGUUAAAUUUGAAAAACCUCGAAGAAGAAAAAGAUAAUUUGAUAGAAAAUGUUAUUACACUUGAAAAAGAGAGGGCAUGGCUGACAUCAGACCUUAAUAAGAACGCGAAAGAUAAAGAAGAACUGAAAAGAAAUGUUGACAAACUUGACGAAGAAAAGAAACAUUUGACAUUAGAUUUGAAGAAGGAAAAAGAAGAAAACAAAUAUUUGACUUCAAAUUAUCAGAUACUUGAGAAUGAAAAGACACAAAUUGUAUCGAAUCUACGGAAACAUCUGGAUGAAAUAGAACAUUUAACAAGAAAUGAGAGGACACUUGAGGGAGAAAAGAAACAACUAAGACAGAAUCUAAAGAAUGAAGAAAUAAGAAGAGAAACUUUGCGAAAAACUGUACAAAACAUAGAAAGUUUGGAGAGAAGUGUAGAAAUUUUUGCAAAGGAAAAAAACCAACUGACAUUAGAAUUGAAGAAACAAGAAAUGGAAAAUGAACAUUUGACUGGAAAAAAUCAUACCCUUGAAGAAGAAAUUACUUCGACGCUUAGAAAAUUUAAGGAUGAAAAAGAAAGUGCAGCUAGAAAUAUUCAGAAAUACGAGGAAGAUAAGAAAACACUGACAUCGUAUCUGAGGGACCAAGAGGAAGAAACAAAAUGUUUAACAAGAAAUGUUGAGGCACUUCAGAGAGAAAAGAACCAACUCACAUUAGAUUUUAAAAAAGAAAAGGAAGAACAGAAACAAAUGACAUUAAAAUUGAGGAAACAGGAGGACGAAAAAGACGAUUUGACAACACGUGUUCUGGAACUUGAAACAGAUAUAAAAACAAAUGCAAAAUGUUUUGAGCAGAAGGAAAGUCAUCUCAAUAAACAGAUAACUGAUCUUUCAUCCAACAUUGGAGUCUUAAAGCAUGAAAAUAGUGAAAAAGAAAAGGAAAUCCAAGAAAUGAAGAUUGAAAUCAAAGAAUUACGGACUCCGAAAAAGAAAUCCAUAGUGUUAGGAAUACGAUACGGUAAUUCUAUUGGAAAGACACUGGUGGACAUGGUGACGAGGGAACUCACAAAACGUUUAGAACAGAUAAUUGACUCGACAAAAUUCACCCUGGCAUUUAAAGUUUGCAGUAAAGCAUCAGAAACUCCGAAAGGUCCCCUGGUGGUUUUAUGCUUGAACAUAUCAAGGGUUGGAACAAACAUACAAGAUGCGCUGGUGGGAAUCGAAUCUAACAGUGACGUCACAGUCCUGGUGCUCCACCAUACAAAUAAGGAGAAUCUGUCAUCUUUAACACCUACAAGUCACCGUGUUACUGGGAAGGAAUUCAGAAAACUCGGUGCUAUCUUGGACAUGGCUUUCAGUAGCGACGGCGGGUUGUAUGAAUGUGACCUGAAUACAACAACAGUUGACAAAAUGGCAACAAUUCUAAAGAGAUGCUAACAACAUGUUUCGUGAAGGUAAAUGGGGACUUU